GCGCGGUGAUGUUGUUAAGAAAGCGAUCAAGAUUCCCGUUUACCCCCUUCUGCUGACACUACAGAGUCUCUUCAUUCGUAAGUAGGGCUGUCAGAGACACGCUUCUUUAGGGCCAGCUUUAUAACAAACAGGACUGACUGUGCGCAAAGCAGCCGGCGCAGCUCGGAUUCAUUGUGCGCUCUGCUGGCUCUGUGUCACUACCAUGGACUCGUUGUGAGAGAGGAGACAAAGACUUUGGAAUAUAUAUAUGUUUAGAAUUUGGCUUUUUGUCAGUUUCUCCAAUGCAAAAGAAAAUAUGUGGCAAAGCUUCGCCUUUUUCCUCAUCGCUUUGCUUGGGUUGUGUUCAUGUUCAAGUUUCCCAAGUAAUAUCAACAUAGGAGGUUUGUUUCCAACCGACUCCCACGAAUAUGAUGUUUUCCGCUUCGCGCUCUCUCAACACAAUGAUGUUCCUAAACUGGUACCUCAGGUGGACAUGGUGGACACGGGAAGCAGCUUUGCCAUGACAUAUGCCUUUUGUUCACAGUUCUCCAAAGGAGUCUACGCCAUCAUUGGUCUUUAUGACAGGAAGACCAUGAAUAUGCUCAUGUCAUUCUGCGGCGCUCUGCAUGUGUGCUUCGUCACGCCCAGCUUCCCCAUCGAUACAAACAACCAGUUUGUGAUCCAGCUGAGACCAGAGCUCCAGGAUGCUCUGAUUGCCCUUGUUGAGCACCACAAGUGGACUAAGUUUGUCUACAUGUACAGCUCAGACUCAGGUUUGACUGUGCUGCAGAAGAUUUUGGACACGGCUGCUGAGAAGACCUGGCAGGUGACAUCCAUCAACUUUGACACACUGACGGAAGAAGCAUUCUUAAAAGCCAUCCAAGAUCUGGAAAAUAAGAAGGAUUACAAGAUUAUUCUGGAUUGUGAGCUGGAGAGACUCAAUUCCAUCUUAAACUUGAUUGCUGCACAAAAAAAGAACUUGAAGAACUACCACUACAUACUGGUAAACCUGGGAUUUCUUGAUCUUAAUCUAACUGAAUUCAGGAAGGGAGGUGCCAAUGUGACAGGCUUUCAGCUCAUGAACUACACAGACCCCACUGUCAGCAGGACAAUACAGGACUGGCUAGAGUUUGACAGUAAAGACUUGAAAAUUCCCAAAAGGAGGCUCAAGUACACUGGAGCGCUCACAUAUGACGGGGUGACUGUCAUGGCCACCGCCUUCCAGAACCUGAGAAAGCAACGCAUUGAUAUCUCUCGUAGGGGGAAUGCAGGAGAAUGUCUCGCUAACCCGCCUGCACCCUGGGGACAAGGCAUUGACAUUCAAAGAGCCUUACAGCAGGUACAGUUUGAAGGACUAACGGGACAUGUUCAGUUUAAUGACAAAGGGCAUCGGACGAACUUCACUGUCAGCGUGAUGGAGUUUGGUCCAGGCGGACCCAAGAAAGUGGGCUACUGGAAUGAGCGUGAGAAAUACGUGAGCACAGCUGCCUAUAGCAACAUACUCAAUGAGACAUUUGGACUGCAAAACAGGACCUAUAUUGUCACCACCAUCCUUGAAUCUCCCUAUGUGAUGCUAAAGAAGAACCAUGAGCAGCUAACAGGUAAUGAAAAGUAUGAGGGUUACUGUGUGGAGCUGGCUGCAGAGAUCGCCAAGCAUGUGGGCUAUUCCUACAGACUAGAGAUUGUGGGGGACAGAAAGUACGGAGCUAGAGACACAGAGACAAAGAUGUGGAAUGGAAUGGUUGGAGAACUGGUGUAUGGUAAAGCAGAUGUAGCUGUGGCUCCCCUCACCAUCACUUUGGUUAGAGAGGAGGUUAUCGACUUCUCCAAGCCCUUCAUGAGCUUAGGCAUCUCCAUUAUGAUCAAAAAGCCUACCAAGUCCAAGCCAGGUGUCUUUUCCUUCCUGGACCCACUGGCCUAUGAGAUCUGGAUGUGUAUUGUGUUUGCUUACAUCGGCGUGAGUGUGGUUCUUUUCUUGGUGAGUCGCUUCAGUCCGUAUGAGUGGCACGCAGAUGAUGAAGAGGAGGGAACAGAACAGCAAAGCCAGAAUCAGAACCAGUCGCCAUCACCAGAAGCCAAUGAGUCGACAAACCACCACAGUCAGAAUCAGCGAGAAGAGAAGCCAGAGAAGCAACCAGAGCACAACAAUGAGUUUGGGAUCUUCAACAGCCUAUGGUUUUCCCUGGGAGCCUUCAUGCAGCAAGGAUGUGACAUUUCACCAAGAUCUCUCUCCGGUCGCAUAGUUGGAGGUGUGUGGUGGUUCUUCACUCUGAUCAUCAUUUCCUCAUACACAGCCAACCUGGCUGCCUUCCUCACAGUGGAGAGGAUGGUGUCGCCCAUCGAGAGCGCAGAGGAUCUGGCCAAGCAAACAGAUAUUGCCUAUGGGACUCUGGAUGGAGGAUCCACCAAAGAGUUUUUCAAGAGAUCGAAGAUCGCAGUAUUUGAGAAGAUGUGGUCCUACAUGAAGUCUGCAGAGCCUUCUGUUUUUGUGAAGACUACAGAUGAAGGUGUCAUGUGGGUGAGAAAGUCCAAAGGGAAAUAUGCUUAUCUGUUGGAGUCCACUAUGAAUGAGUACAUCGAGCAGCGCAAACCAUGUGAUACCAUGAAGGUGGGAGGGAAUCUGGACUCAAAGGGAUAUGGAGUAGCCACACCUAAAGGAUCUGCCUUAAGAAACCCAGUAAACCUGGCAGUGUUAAAACUGAACGAGCAGGGCCUGUUGGACAAAUUGAAAAACAAAUGGUGGUACGACAAGGGAGAGUGUGGCAGCGGAGGAGGUGAUUCCAAGGAUAAAACCAGUGCUCUGAGCCUCAGUAAUGUGGCUGGAGUUUUCUACAUUCUGAUUGGUGGUCUAGGGCUGGCCAUGCUGGUGGCCCUGGUUGAGUUCUGUUACAAAUCCAGAAUCGAGUCUCAAAGGAUGAAGCAAAUCAUUGAUGCAGCCUUGCUGAGCUCCACAUUGACCAGGAUGGGCAGUGGAGGAGAGAACGGUCGUGUGAUGGCCCAUGACUUCCCUAAAGCGGCACAAACUCUGCCAUGUAUGGGCCAGGCUGCUGCCAUGGGCCUAAGCACCACUGGGAUGUAAAUGGUCAAAAGCAUCUCCAAGAUCCGGGGACAUCAGAAGACACGAGGGCUAAAAACAAACAAUAGAGAGAGUGGGAUAGAAAGUGAGAGAGCAAUGCAGCAUACAACUCACCUGCCACUCAAAUACUGCCAGAUGAAUUCAUUGACAACACACUCUGGACUCCACAAGAAAUUGGAUAAGGAUGGAGGAAAAUUACUUUUCUAAUAACAAGAUGUAGUCAUUUUUCCUGCUUUGGUGCAAUAAGGAGAACAUGUGUGAGGUUUUUGUAUGAAGCAUAAUUUUUGUGUACCUGAGAAAACUAAGAAACAUUUCCCUCACUUUCACAAAUUAAUGACAACUGACCUACGCUGUUUCAUUAUUAUCUUGUUUCCCACAAAAUCACCUCACAACUAAUUAUGAUGCACAUUUAAUUCUCUUUGUUGCUUGCCUUAUGGCAUCAGUAAAGGGAUCAAUGGAAAGGAGGAGGCGAGAACCGGCUUUUCAAUAUAAAUAAUAGUUUAAUUUUAAACUCAAACAAAAGACAAACACACACAUGACGGACAUGUCCGUAAACGAUCUCUCUCUCCCGCACGAUCCUCUGCAGUCGACCUUUAUUCCUCUCAGAGGCUUAAUUAGCCUAAUACGGGACUGGGUGUGUAUCAUGACCCAGCCCCGCACUCCGCCCUGCCACAGCAUCUUUGUUAUUUCUUCUCUGUAAAAAGUGAAUACAGGCAGUUGUUACCUUAAAGGAAUAGUUCACCCAAAAAAUUUUAUUCUAUCAUAAUGUACUCACCCUUAUGUCAUUCCAAAACCGUAUGACUUCUAUUUAACACAAAAGGAAUUUUAAUGAUAUUUUGGCUCGUCUUUUAAAUACAAUGGAAGUUUAUAGCUGAAAACUACGCAAGUAAACAAGCUUCUCUCAUAACACUCAUGAACGUGCAACUGAUGUCAAGAAAUACACUGAAAAACAUCAUUUUGGGUUAUUUCUCACUAAAACAUAUUGUAUGUCUUAAGAAGACUUGUAAUAUGAUGCACAGGCCACAUGGACUACUUUUUGAUACUUUUGGGUCUUUUUUUAAGCUGUAAAUUGAGUCAGCUGCCAUUGUAUUGAAAGCCCAGAGCCGAAAUAUACAAUUGCUAAGGUACUGUAGUGACAACAUUAUUUCACAGAUAUUUCAGUAAAAUUACGGAAAACAUUUUCUUUUAUUGAUGUUCUCCUCAGAAAAAGUGCAAGUGUGCUAUAUCAAAGUGUCCGCUCCAUUGCACAGUCUACAAGUGUCUUCCGUUCGCAAACCCACCUAGGGAAGGAGAAUUUUUCCAUAGGGAGGAAUAGACUGAUUACUAGUCCUGUCAUAGUUAAUGUAGCUCAGAUUCUCAUCCUUUACGGAUGAACACUUUGGAUCAAUCACCUGUUUUCUGUCCAUGCUCACUGAUAGAGUCUGAGAGUUACAAAAGAGAGAGCAAAGAAUACACAAUUCCACUUUUUGUGUUGCGUUUUUAUUGCAUUACUAUUAUUAUUAUUUUUUACACUUCCAGUUGCAGUGGUUUUCAUCUGGUGGGUUGUGACUCAAAAAUAGGAUUACAGAUCUGUUUUGAAGAGAUGUGGACAUCAGGGAACAAAGCAAAUUCUAAAUGCAAAUAAUGCAAUGCAACUAAUCAUAUAAUAGGCUUCUCAACAUCAACUCUAUAGUAUUUUGGCAAAUAUCAAAAUCUGGCUGAUAAUUAUAUUUGGCCCAAUGUUGGUUGAAUGUGUUAGACUGGAAAACUGCUGUUGUUCAAACAUUAUCAGAAUUGCCUGUUUUCCUUUUCAGCCAAUGUAAUGUUAAUAUUUUUUAGAUUAAGGAAUCCACUGCAAAUUACUAAUCUAAUUACUUUACUGAUUAUUUAAUCAAAAACGUAAUCACAUUACUUGUUAUUUUACUUUUACAUUACUUUCUAAAUACAUUUUUAUAGAAAAGUCGUUUUUUUUUUGCUCAACAAAUUCAAAAUAAUGUCUAUAUUUCCUCCUUGUUCACUUUCGCA